AUACGUGGCCGCUGAAAACGAUGAACCCAAAGAAGUGGUACUUGAUGAAAGUGAUGAACUGUGGGUAAAGUUUAGACACGAGCACAUAGGUGUCGUUACAAGGUGUGGUAUUAGGGCAUUAUAAUAUAAUUUAUACGAUAAAUGAAUAGUCGUUUUAAAAACGAUUUUCUUUUGCAGGAACGUAACAAGCGAUUUAAAGAAAUUCAUUGACAGUAAUCGGGUAUCAUCAGCCGUUCGCGAUAGUCAUUCGACAUUGCGUGACUUUUCUAAAGCAAUUAAAGCGAUUCCUCAGUACAAAAAAGAACUGAGCACUCAUUGCACUCACUUAAACAUGGUUCAAUAUUGUGCCGAAAAAUAUAAAGAUGGCAUGAGCAGGCUUUGUAAAGUCGAACAGGAACUAGCUUUGGGCACAAACGUGACAGGAGAGAAGGUCGAUGACCAUAUGAAAGACAUCGCACCGAUACUGUUGGAUAAAAUGGUUUCCAACUAUGACAAGGUCAGGAUCAUCUUGUUAUAUGUGUUGUCUAAGAAUGGAAUAUCGGAUGAGAGUUUUAACAAAAUGGUCAAAACUGCGCAAUUGUCUCCAGCUGACAAACGAGCCAUCGUCAAUUUGACUUUACUUGGCUUUAACGUUGUCGAUAACGUAAGCAGAUUAUGUAUUAUAACUACUCAUAAUUCAUAAAUAUUUUUAUCUUUUCAGUGGCGUCAUUUCAAUAUUUGUUAGACUUUGAGAAUCACUUACUGAUUUACCGAUUUUUAUCAUACUGACUCACAUAUCAUUUAGGAGACGAAGGGUUAAAUAUUCAGAUAAAAGUAUAAAAACCAAUAUUUUUCUACACGUUUGUAAUCCCUGUUGUGAACACAAAUUGUGUAGGUGUUAAUCACAUUUUCGGGGAUCUUUAUUUAUUUAUAGAUACAAUUCGUAUUUUAUUUAACUAUUAAAUUGUUAAAUACAUUAUUGUAUAAAUAUUAUUAUAAUGUAGGUAAAAGAGACUCAGAGACUCAGAGUUCUCCUCGAUGUAGAUACUUCAUACAUUUUAACUAUCAAAAUGUCAAAUAAUAAUGUAUACAUUAAUAAAUUGUAUUAUAGAAUGUAACUAAACCUCUUAUAAUACGUAUUUGUAUGUUCAUUUUGUAAUAAUAUUACAUUUAAUCACUCAUGUAGAAAAUAAUAAGUUAUGGGUGCCUAACCAAAAUAAAAUAAAAGUAACAAAUAUAGUUACUGGUCCGUGCCCUUUUUUUUUCGAACACAUGUAAUGUAUACUGCCAAGUUAUGAACGAUGGUCAAGUUAGAAUUAAGCAGACUGAUUGAAGCUAAAAUCUUUUGAAGUUCGGAUAUUAUGUGUGUUAUGUUAAGUAAAUCGGUAUUGCUAGUUAUUUCAGUAUGUUUGUCAUAGUCUAAUGGUGAUACUCAUCUGUUAUCAAUAUAGAGAUUCUCAAGUUUGAACCCGGUUUCUGAAAAAUUAUUAACACUUUUUACAAUAUUUUAGAUGUUUUGAAUAGUACCUCAUACAAUAUAAUAAUAACCUUUUGAAGAUAAUAGGGUAAAAACAAAUGAAUUUGUAAGAAAAGCAAUGUUUAAUAAUUCUUAUUGUUUGGGGUAGCAAUAAAAACAAGUAAAACAGCGUUUUCAGUAAUUUACAAUGGGGAGGGGGGAGGAUUUAUGAAUUUCUAGAAAAAUAUGUAAGGAACUAUCUGCGUAUACUCCCCUGGUUAUGAUAUUUAAUAUAAUUUUUUAUAAUUAUAAUAUAAAAAAAAUAACUAUACAAAAUUGAAUGCACUAAAAUUUUGUAAAAUGUAAAAUCUAAUUUUUAAGGCCUUUUUGCUAGAUCAUCUGCCAUUCCCUCAGCUGUUAAUAGAACCCUUUCACAAAUGGCUAACAUUGUAAGCCCAUUGAGUCAGGACUAAAUAGAUACACUUUAAUACUAUUAAGAAAUUUAACCAUAUUUUCUGUUUCUGAGUUAAAUUCAAAAGAGGUAUUUCUGUCAUUGUACUUUGCAAAUAACUUUUGAGUCUUUAAAGAUACGAAAAAGUUCUCUCUGAAGUUGCAGUAGAAACUGGUAGAGUACACCGUAUUUUUAACAGGUGAUAGAUAUUUGGAAACAUUUUUUACAUAGUAAUAAUGCUUCUAAUGCAUUUUGUAUGCUAUAAUUUUAAUUCAGCUUUUACAAUUUCUUUAUUACAAUCAAGGUAAAACGACCAGUUCAUCAAAUUUUUUAGAAUACAUUAUGGAAAAUAAAUACCCUGUUCCUUAGAAAAUAUAAAUACAUUUUAAAUACUACACGUAAAUUAAUGUAAUUGAUAAAUAUUAAAUAAUGUAUAUACCAACAAAUUAUUAACUUUUAAAUUAUUGUGAUUUAAAAGCUUUCAUUUAAUUGUUGUGUAAUUGAUUCAAUAAAUGGUAUGGCCACAAAUAUAUGAUUACAUGAACACAGGUUAGCUCGAUUUUUAUUUAUUUUAUUCACAUGUUUAAAUAAAAACCUUAUGCUAUCUCAGCCAUUUUCUAAAAAUAUAAAAUUGUGUAUGUUAAUAACUAGCGCUGUGAAUUAAUGGAGUGAAAAUUCUUAAAAAUGCAAAAAAUAUGCAUUUAAAAUCUCAAAAAAUGCAAUAUAAAAAGCACUUAAAAUGGUCUUUAAUUUAAUUUUUAUAUUUAUUUUGAUAUUACUGAUAUAAGUAUAUUAUACACAUAUAAAUUAAUUUAUUUAAUAAAAAAAAUUAUAAAAAUACUGAUCGAAUUUGAAUGUUGAAUAAGUUGAUUUCUGUAAUAUUGUCUUAUUUUCUCGAAUCCUUAUCUUUACCUAACCUGUAUACAGCCUGUGUAAAAUAUAAUUUUAUAAAAUAAAAAUUUGACUUACAUACAGUCUGUGUAAGACCAAAAAAAUAUGUGUGUAAAGAUAUUAAUUGUUGCAAUUUGAUUAAAAAUACGGGAAAAUGAACAAUAUAAUUUAAAAAGUCCAAAAAAUGACUAAAAAUUAAAAACGUCAAUAAAUUUAAAAAAAUGUAAAAUAAAAGUUUCACAAAUGAAUUUGUUAUUACAUAAUUCAAAUUGGGUAAUUAGAAAGCUACGUUCACAAUCAGCUAAAAAAAUGCACUUUCCUUCAAAUCCGCAGCCCUGUUAAUUACUUAUAUUAUAUAUUUAUGGCAAACGGUUAAACAAUAACAUAUCACAAUCUUUACUUCAGCGUCUUUGAACAUUUUACUGAAUUUUUCUUCUAUAUCAUCACAUAAUUGUUUAAUACUCACAACACUAAUUUCAGUUAAGUCCACUGUUUUCUUUAAAUCAAUUUUAACUUUUUGUAAAAGUUUACAGAGAGGCAAACUAUGUGAAAAUAAUACCUAAUUAAUCAAAUAAAAAUUGAAGCUUAAGAUAAAAAAAAAUUGAAUUAUAAUUAUAAUCAUAAUUAUAACUUGUAAGGAUACAACAAAUUCAGAAUCUAUUACUUUUGCCAGGAUAUUAACAUCAGUAGGUGCAGAAUCUAUCCAAUCAGAUAUUUUAUCAAGUGCACCAACACAGAGAAAUUAUUCCACUAAGUCAUGAACCGCUGUAUAUCUUUCCAUCCACCUUGUAGCUCAUAGGCGUUUUAAAAAUUUUUCAGUAGGAUUCAAGUCACUUUCAACAAUUUCAUUUUAGUGUGUUGAAAAAACAGUACAUUUUUUUAAUAACCCUUAAACAGUUUCUAAUAGACUAUAUGUCAUAAACAGAAGAAAUUGUAAGAUUUAAUGAAUGGGCGUCACAGUAAAUAUAUAAAGCCUUGAGGAAGUUUUUAGAUAUAAUUGUUGCUCCUUUAAGAUGUCCUACCAUUUUUGCUGCCCUGUCAUAACUUUGACUAUAUAUAUUACAACAAUUUAUUCCACAAGAAUUCAAACCUGUGUAAACAAAAAAAUUAUAAUAAUUGUAAAUAGAAAAAUCAUUUAAUAGGUACCUGUCCAAAAAAUCAAUUACACUUGGUUUGUUGGUUAAAAAUAGUUUUAAGGAAUGUUUAAUUUAAUUAAAGAUGUUCUAUGAUAUUCAAGUUUACUGUGAUUUUCAAACACCUGAAAAACAAAAAUUACUUUUUAUACUUUAGGUAGAUAGUCAAAAAAAAAAAAAAAAAAUCAAUAAUUAUCUAUACAAUAGUAGUAAUAUUUUUUAAUAAAAGCAUUAAAAAUAAUAGUAAUUACUUCUAAACCUUUUUACUAGUUCUGAUAUGUAAUCAAUACAAGCCAUUUAAUUUCUAAGAUCCAACACCACCAACUUUAUUAAAUACCACUGAGUACUUAUAAAAUGCACCUUCAAAUUUUGUUCGAAUAACAUAACCAACAAUAAGACUCAAGCCAACAAUACUGAAAUUUCAGAUUUCUUUUUUAGUUCAUUAUUAAUAUUGGAAAUUCAUAAUUUACUGGUAGUGACCAUCAGUUAUUUAGAACCUUACAAAAAAUAAAAUUUAAAUUAAGUUAAAAUGUAAUAACAUUUAUUUGAUCAAAAUAUUAAUGUUAUAGAUUAUAUAUUAUGUGAAAAACUAUCAAAGGCAAAAUGUACUCACAAUGUUUUUUUCAACAUCUAACAAGCUUCGAUUCGUAAACAAACCUAUAUCAUGCUUUGACAUCAACAGGUACAAUCUAACUGAAAUAAAGAAAAGCAAAGCACAAGAAAAAUACCUAUAGUCGUUGGAGUAACCAAAAUGUCUAAUGCCCGUGGAAAAAUAACCAAAUAGGGGGCCAAAUGCGCAAUCCGAGUUUGGGACCAAUUUUAUCAAAUUGGAGGAAAAAAAGGACGUUGCCUGUUUUCAUACACCUAUUUGCACAUCUCAUAUUACAUCCUAGUAAUCAAAAAAGUUCAUCAGCUGUUUUUUUUUUUUUGUCAUUCACUAAAUAUAAUGCUUGAAGUCCUUAUUUGGGGCCCCUUAAUAUUAUAGGUCCGUAGCUCAUUGCCAGUUAUGCCCCUUUAUCAGAACGCCACUGUCUAGAGUUAAAAGCUUAAAGCAUAUAUGUUUUGAAACUAUUUUAUCUAAAUAAUAAAGCAAUUUAAAAUACUCUGUAGUUAAAUCAAAUAUCAACAAUAUGAUACCUAUUUACAACAAAUAUAAAAUUAAAAAUAGCAUUUUACUUUUCAGCACUGACCUUUUCUGAAUUUUGGCCAUAUUUGUCACUCAAUACUUGACCAAUGAUACACUAUACACAAAUAUUAUUAGCAUAGUACAAAAGUUCAUUAUGUAGGUAGGUAUCCUUUAUCUUAAGGUUAAAAAUGUUAAAAUACUUACUUUUCUGAAAUAUCACUGCAGCCUACACACGGUACAUGCGAGUUCUAAAAUAUAAACAAAAUAUUGUUAUAUUUUAAGCCAAAAAAAUUGUAUGUUAAAUAAAAUAAUAUUAACUAUAUUACUUACCUACCCAGUGCUCGAAUUGAUAAAAUAAAAGAAGGAGGACUAUAAAAAAUAAAUUAGUGUCCCUUGUAAUUAUUGAACUCAACUCAACCCGUGGAUGGCUUAGCUCUCCAAUACCCCCACACCAAUUUUCAAACAUAUUCAGUAAUUCAUAUUCUCGAAACAAACACUACCUACUGCAGGUUAUAUUUUGCUUACAUAGUAGAUAUUAUUUAUUCGUGACUUUAAUAUCAUGGUUACUACUAUGAUUCUAUUAUGAUGAUAUAUUUGUUCUUUCUUUGUAUGCAAACAACUAUUCUACCAAAAUUCUUGCUCCAAUUAUUAAUUUUAGAGGCUUUGAUUCCUAGUAAAAAUUGUUGUUUCGUUGGUGCAAUAAGGAUGUGUUUUUUUUCGAUUUUAUUUAUAAUGUUCUUAAUUAUGAGGAAACCCCUAGAAAAAAUGCUGGGAAAACUUGUAACUAAUAUAUAUACUGCUUAUGUUUUAUUCUAUUUUGUUUAUUUAAUGAAAAAUAACCGUAGAGGUCAAAAAUUCCAAUAAAUACUUGUAUAGGUAUAGUCUUUUAUAUAUAUACAGCUAUCUUUCCAGACAUGGUACAGUUUUCAAAUUAUUCUGGCAAUUUUUCAGUUUUACGAAAAAAAUUCAACGAGAUGUAGUGAUUUGUUUUAUAAGUGCUUUAAGUUCAAAUUUCAAUAAAAAUAUAUUUUAAUACAAAUGCAAACUAUAUUCCAUAUUUUUACGAUAAUAGGCAGUGCCGGAUCCUAGGAUUGUUCAAAUGAGGCGGAUUUUAUUAAAAAAAACAUAACAUAUUAUAUUAAGUAAAUAAUUAUAAGAUAAUACAAGUAUUAGAUAAAAAAAAAAAUGGCCCAAAGAGGAGUGAUUGCCAUGGCACCCUACUUGUAUCCUCCAUGAUAUGCGUUCCACUUCAAACAAAUAGUAAGGGUACGCUUACAUUUUUGAAAAAUUAAUUUAGGUACUCCGUCACCCUGCAGCCCUCUCAAUUCGAUUACUGUACCCACCACAUUUGAUUUUUUGUUGUAGUAUGAGAACAAUAUAUUUUUUCUUCUAUCUCCCAUUUUAUUAUUAAGUUAUAUAAUUUUAAAUUUUGAGCGGAGCGAAGAAGCUUAUGGUUUUACAAAGAUGUUAAUUUUUUUUAUCGGUGCCCAACUUUUUACUAGAAAUCUUGAAAUUUUUGAUUUCCGUCGAUCUAUUGAUGAGAUGUUCCAUUUUUAAGUUUGGAUGGGAGGAAAGUAUGGUGUAUCAUUCAAAAAGAAAUCAAAAAUUUCAACACUAAAAUUUGUUUUAACAAAUACUCCAUCUAUGUAUGGACUUUUUAAUAUAUGUUGCUAUUUGAAAAUCAAAAACAGGUAGUGGUUUUACCCCCCAAAAUAAGGGUGACAAAUAAUAACAUAAAUAUAAAACUGUAGAGCAGCUUGUUUUUUAAAUAUUCUAGAAAACAAAUUCCGGGAAAAGUUAAUACUUUCAGAGAUAAUGAGUGUAUCCACUUACAUGGAUCCUCCGGUACUUUAAGGAGUUCAUUUUUCGAUUUUUCCAAGUUUAUCAGUGCUUACAGAUAUACAUUAAAUUAACUAUAACAGUGGCUGCACCCGUGCCCAUUAUCCUAGGACGUACGUAUUUUUAAUUUCAAAAAUAUAAAAUUAAUACAAAUAGCUGAUAGGUACUGUGUAAAAAUAAGUCUAGUAACAAGUAACAAAAAAAAAAAAAAUGUCUUAUUAUUAUAUUAUAAUUAUAUUCUAUAUAUUUUAUGCUACGUACAUUUAUGUUAUCGUCACAGUUAUUUAUUUAAUUGAUAAGGUUCACUCAGCGUUGAUAACCGCACUAAACAAUAUCCAUAGAUAAAAAACUUUUACCACAUAAUUAUAUGUAAGAAAAAUCAAUAAAAAUCAAUGAGUUAUCAAUAUAAUGUAUUCAGAAAAUUAUUAUAAUAACUUAUCAAUAACUUUUUGAUGUGAGAAAUAUAUUUAUAUUGUAAUUUUAAAUAUAAACUGUACAAUGCGACAAUGAAUUUUCAUAUCCCUCACAAAUUUAAAACGAAUUGAUUGCAAAAAAAAAACUGUCAAUGAGCCGGAGGGGUUAAAUCCAUAGAUAAGAUAGAUAGGAUAUGUGUAUACUAUUGAAUUAUAUACUAUGGAAGGCGUAUAAUGCAUAUUUGCAUAUAAUAAAAGUGAGCGGCCUAAUAGGCCACUGUGAUUCCGUUUUAAUUAUUUCCGAUAUCAUACGUACCAUGACUAACUUCAUUUAGUGGUUUUUGAUGAUGGCUUCUGACUUCAGGCGCAUAGUGUAAAGUAUUUAGGAUACUGUGGCGGGCAUACCAAUUUUUUUUGUUUUAUUAUCUUUUAUCACUGGUUACAAAAAAUUAACAUUAACAAUAUGAAGUCAGAAACCAACAUCGAAAAUCACUAAAUAAAGUUAGUCACGGUACGUAUGAUAUCGGAAAUAAUUGAAACGGAAUCACAGUGGCGGCCUUUCAUAUCACUCAAUUUAUUUACACUAUGCGCCUUCCAUAGUAUAUAGUUCAGUGGUCUGUACUAGUUAUAUAGCGAGCAGCGUUCCCUAAAGUUUAAACUACUGAAGUAAAAUUAACAUCAAUAUACCUAAUAGUAUUUUAGUCUUACUAAAUAUAUUAUAUUGGUGUCCUCAGUGAAAUGUUUUUUUUUUGUGGAUUUAAAAAUGUGGAUGAUUAAAGUUUCAUUUCAUGUAGGAUAAUUUGAAAAGUUAUGGAGUGAAAAAUCUUUUGCUGAGUGAGACAGAAGAACAAGGAACGUCUGAUAACCAAUAUGACCUAUCUAUUAUAUAUUAUUUAUCGUUAAAUUCCACGAUCCCCCCCCCACCCGUGAGUACGCCCAUUGUAAAACAUUAUAAAAAGUGCAAAGAAAGUAAUUUAGAUAAAUGAGGUUCGAGAAAUGAGGACUUCUGGGAUAAUACUAAUAUUGUGUAUCGAUGAUAUGCAUCAUCAAUACACUAUAGCUCAGGAGUCAUAAUAAUGAACAAUACGUGAAAGAAGCACUAUUGAAUUAUUUAACAGAACACAUAUAAUAUCCGAACUUCGAAAGUCUAUAACUUCGAAACUAAGUCAGUCUGCUCAAUUAUGACUUCACCGUCGUUCUUAACUCAGCAAUAUACUUACAUAAUAUUAUGUUAUUAAAAAAAAAAAGUAAAACAAUUGUCAUGAAUCAGUAACUAGAUUUAAACCAAAAUGAAAACGUUUUUGAAUACGUUGGUUAUCUAGGUAUUCGUAUUCUGGUUAGUAGGCAGUUACUGAAUCACCAAAACAUGAAUUUGUAAAUUAAGUUACCUACCUACUGAAAUAGUUGAUAGCAUUAUCACACUCAAGUAAUAAAAUACAAUUAAAAAUAUCAAUUUUUUUUUUAUUUUCAUGUUUUUCAUAUUAAUAUUAUAAUUUGUUAUACCUAGUUAUUACUUUAUUAACUAUUAGUAAUAACUAAUAAUUAAUAACUUAUUACGUAAUUAUCUACCUAUUAAUAAUUAUGAUGGGUAUAAUAGAAACUAAAUAAUCUGAUGAUACUAAUAAAACAAUUAUAAAUAAAGCCUUAAAAAUAAGACUUUUUAUAAUUUUUAAAUGUACUAACUUAAGAUUAAAAUAAAUAUCUAGUAAAUUGGUACAAAUGCACCAGUUACUUCCAAAUGACACCACUGUGCCUCGUGGUUUUUGAUAAGUACCUAAUCAUUAUUAUUUGUUCUUUCUACAGGCUAAAAUCAAAAAACCCUGUUUAAAUAAAAUUAUACUACGCGGAGAACGUCAUCGUGAUAGCAUUGAGAUUGGAGAUAUCGGAGAUACAUACGAGUUUUCUCGUUGGAUUCCCGUUGUCAAAUAUAUAAUGGAAGAUUGUAUUGGAAACAAAUUGGAUCCUAAGCGUUUUCCUUUUGUGACUCCACGAACUAUUAUAACAGAACCGCCGCCAAUUAGGUAUAUUAUAAUAUUAUAUAACAUGCAAUGUCGUUAUUAACCAAUAAAUUCUGGUGAAGGCUUGAGUCUAAAAUGGAGCUCUACCUCUACAUUCAAAGGGAUUCAGACGUUCUAGAGGGCCUAAACUUCUAAUUGGAUUACAAUUCUUCUCUGGAUACAUGUUACUUAUCUUCAGAACUAAGUUGUGGUAGGGGGAUUCGAAUAAACGGACAUUCUCCUUGAAAAAAUUCCAUUUGUGCCAUAAGUUACAUAUUACAAAUGAUGACCAAUAUUUUAGAUUCUAAAUGGAGCGAAGAAGCUUAUAGUUUUACAAAGAUGUUUAUUUUUUAUUUAUUUUUUUUUUGUUCUGUGGACAACUUUUCUACCAGUGCUCUUGCUCCGAUUUUUAUGUGUAGCACCUUUUCUGAAAGGAAAUCAGUGUGGGGUUGUAAGGAGAUACUUUGGGGAAGUCAUUUAUCGAUUUUCUUAAGAGUUUUCUCAUCUAAAACGAAAAACUGAAUAAAAAAACUGAAGAAAAACGAGAAAUUAUUCGAAAUAUAUUAGUGUAUUAGUAUAUUAUGAUUUAUGGCCUUCAUUUUUCCUAUGGACAACUUUUCUAUCAGCAAUUUCGCUCCUACUUAUAAUGAUGGCGAUUUUUCUUAAAGUAAAUUUUACCGGGGAGGUACUUGAGAAAGGUCAUUGUUCUCUUUACUUAGGAAUUUUCUCAAAAAAUGUAAAAAACCGGAAAAAACUGAGGAAAAACGGCAUCCAUUUUAUUUUUAAAAUUGGAAUAACUAGAAUUUUACCAUAAUAUAACAUAUAUAUUGUUAACAAAGCACCAUUAUCAACUUAACUCUGCUCAGAAUCGUUUUUUCGUUAGCAAUGAUUAAUCGUUGCUUACAGGUGUACAAUACAUUGCUUAUAACAAUGAUUCCAUUAUCCUAGGAUAUAAUUUUCGUCCAAUUGAUUAAUUAACCACGUUUAAAAAAUAUAUUGUUGGACUGAAAAAUGUUAUCUAAAUAUGUUGAUUUUAAAUUUUUAAAAUUUGUUUAGUAAUACAUAAAGUUAUUUAGGUAGAAAAAAUUGAAUAUAUCCAGUAACGCAGGUUUUUUUUCGGGAGGAGUUUUUUUAUAUUGUUUAUAAUAACUUCCUACAGAGGGGAUAAUAGUACAUAUUAUCAGUACCUACAGUAUCACUAUCAAUAUUAUUACAGAAUAAAUGAUAUUUGAUGAAAUUAAAUUUUAUUUUAUUCUGUAGUACAAGAUAUUAUGUUGUUGAAUAUAAAACUUGAUUUAAAAUAAUUUUACUAAGGAAGACGAUUUCGGUAGGAAAGUUGAAUCUUUAACUCCCCUCUGUAUGUGUCACUGAAUAUACCAUUAAAACAAUAGAAAAAAUUAUAAUCCUAUAAAGACGAAUACAAUUUCAAUAUUUGCUUUAGCUCUUUCGCUUAAACUUAAUAAUAUUUUGCGAACACGAUUAAUGAUAUCUUUAAAUAUGAUUGCAAACUACACAUUGGUAAUAAAUCUGGUGCAGGGGCGGACUGGUUAGGUUAGGUUUUGAUAGCUGUGCUAGUGUGCCGUAGCACAUAGGGCCGGCUCAAUAUAUGGGUGAGCAGCUGAACAUUUGACGAUAUUACUAAUAAAUGUAUUUUAAAUACUAAACAGGUAAAAAACCAUUGCUAUUGAUAGGUACGAUAAGUUCAUAAUCAAAAUAUAGUUUAUAAUAAUAAUAUGCAUAGUUGGUACUAUGUUGUGUAUUGUAUUGUAAUUGAAUUGGGAUUGGAAGCGACGAGUUUCCGUCUUGUCUUAUACACGUGAGUUAUAGGGAUUUAGACGUGUUCUAAUUCCAACGUAACGAUUAAUCUUGUAAAAAGAUAAGAAUUCUGGAAUCAGAUUUGAAUUUGUCGUAAAGUCUACUUGAGAUCGACUUUCCCACUUUUAUAUCGUUAUUUUCUAAAACAAGGCAUACUAACAAACGAGUAAUUGAAAUCACUAAAUCAAUCAGUACGAUGGAAAUAAAACACGUCUAAAUCCCGUGUGUAAGACAAAGAUAGAAACUAGUCGCUUCCAAUCUCCUUAAUUACGGAUUUAUCCAUCAUUUAUAUAUAAAUUAUUCCAUGAUAAAUGAAAAUUAUUGAAAUGUGAUAAAAUGACCAAUAGAAAUAUUAUAGAAUAGUGGUCUUCAACCUUUUUGGAUUCACGACCCACUUUUUUAGACCUACAUUUUUUGCGUCCUACUUAAGCUUUGUAAAAAAGCUAAAAUUGCUUAAUACUUUGUAGUAGUACUAUUUAAGCUGAAUAAAUAAAAAUUACAUUUUAGUAGGUAAAAUAUUUAAUUAUUAUUAAUUGAAAAUGUAUAGAAUUUUUAUGAAAAUAUAAAAUAAAAUAAAAAAAUUAAUGCAAGCUUUGUCCUUGAGUGUUUUCAUAUAAUAAAUUCCACCUUGGCUCAAUUUGACUAAGCGCGAUCCGUAAAUCAUCUUCAGUUUCAAGUUUAUUUCUUUGAGACGUCUUCAAAUUUGCCAUAGUAGAAAACGCUUUUUCGCAUAAAUAAGUCUUUUUAAUUUUGAUGGUUUUAAACUUUUAUUUGCGAGCAAUUCUCCACUACAUAUUAUGGUUGAACUAAAUUUUUAUUAUUUCCUAUAUUAAAAGUACAAAAUCCAAAUUUUAAAUAAUUUUUAUCAUACCUUCAAUCAAUAAAUUCGGAUUUCUUUCUUUUGCGGGAGUUUUCCUCUACGUUUGAAGUUGAAGGUACCCAUGAUAACGUUGCCAAGUCUUCAUGUGUAUUAAUUUGACCACUUUUCCGAAUAACAAAUUUAUCCAUUUUAUUAAAUAAUUUACUUUAUUAAAUAACGAAAAAAUAUUAACGCAAAGUUGGCGAAAUAAACGAAAAAUACUUUUUAACGGACACGUAAAUACGACUAGAAUAAUAAAGCGACUAACAUUUAUCGUCUUUAAACACAGCAACAAUAUCGAUGAUAUUCGUAGAUUACUCUAACGAUAACAAUGUAUAUUAAUUCUAUUAAUAGCACAGUUUAUUCGUAAAUUAUUAUAUUCAAUAAUAUUAAAUCAAUAUCUUACUACGUAGAAUAAUACCAGCAUAAUAUGACGCAUUAUACUGUGAUUUGAUAUCUAUUAUAAUAUUAUAUUAUAGACUAAAUUAUAUAAUAAUGUUGAUACAUAACGCACUACAAAAUUUUUAAACUGUAUUUUCAUUUAUUAAUUUUCCAAGUUUAAUAAUUAAAAAUUAUUUUUUUACCUUAUAUAAUUUUAUAAAUUUUAUUUUUAUUUUAAAAAGAAGACUAACCGCGACCCACCGGUUGAAGACCACUGCCUUAGAUCAUACCUAGUAUAUCAUCUAAAGUACCUACCAAAGUAUCAUGGUUAGGAUCAUAGAGUAAAUACCCUAUGGUUAGGUUAUGAUAUGGCAUGGUGGAAAACGCUAAGAAUGUUAUUACUUUAUAAUAGAUAUUGUUAAUUGUUAUCUAUCUCCGUACCGAAAUAGAAUUGAAAUUGAUACGUUUGAACGUUCGUUUCACGUUUAUAAAAAGGUUAUAAUAUUUAUAAUUAUUACCUUAAAUCGUGGCUUAUGAUUGAUAUCGAUGAAAAUAAAUUUUACAUCAUUAUUUAGGUACAGAUAUAUAUUUUAAAUGUUUUGAUUUACUUAAUAAAAAAUUGUUUAAUAGGUAUUAAACACCUAGGUGUCUAUAAAUUUAAUUUCUGCGUUCAUAUCUAACUGUGUUUUAUCUGUAUAUUACACUGAAACAUUGAUCAGAAUAGUUGUAUUAAAGAAAUUAUUUAUCAUGUCUUUAAGAUUCAGUACAUCCAUCACUUUAUACAAUAAACUCGAAGUACCUCAGACUUCUACUACGUAGUAGAGUAACUUAACAGCUUUUUUUAUUUUGCUCUAAUCAUAAAUACAACUACAACGACUAGGGGGUUUAGCUCUCAAAUUUACUUAUAGCCACCUCAAAAUAAAUAAUACUUUAUAUAUUCUUGAAUUGAACAAAAAAUAAGUACAACAAGUAAGUUUGAACAAGUAUACUAACCUAAGUACAAGUUGCUAUGGCAUUGCCAAUUUCCUCUGCAACAUCAGAACGUACAUUUUAAAAUUACUCAUAUAGAUCUUACACUAAUAGUUAAUUGCUUUAAUGUAGGUACUAAUAUGAUAAGUACACUUUCAGUUAUUUUCAAUAAUGGACCUCCACAGCUAUAUUGUGAAGCCAACAUCAUUUUUACUCAUGAUGGUUUGAUACAAUAAAAAGUAUAAUAAUGUGUUUGAUAUUCUUUAAUAUUUGUCAAAGGUUUUUAUUAAUACUAAGUAUAAUAUUUUGUCAGGAAUGACUGAUCAUAAUUAAAAAAAAUUAAAAUUGCUAAUUCCUAAAACUUUAAUUUUUUUUUAUUUUCAGUGCCCGCUUCAGUGGUGGCGCCUCAAAUAAAAAAAAAGAGAAUAAACAGCUGAACGAGAGACUACCAAAACUAAUUGUCUUUAUAAUUGGUGGAAUGACAUAUUCUGAAAUGAAGUGUGCCUACGAAGUAACAAAUAGCACAAAGAACUGGGAGGUUAUAAUAGGUGAGAUUUUUUUUACAAUUGCUCUGAAUGAUUAUAACAUAAUUACAUUAUAGAAUUAUAAUUAUUAUUAUUUUUUAAACAGGUUCAUCGUGCAUUAUCACCCCGAAAGACUUUAUUGAAAACUUGUCAAAUAUAAGUCAAUAA